AUGCCACCCAAGCAAAGCAAGACCAAGGCCACACAAGUUCACAGCGACUCCACUUAUGAGGAGUCUACACCUGAGCCUGCAAACAAGCCUCGCAUUAUUCUCAAGCGCGGCAAGAUCAACCUCAACAAGAACAAGGAUGCCACUCCAAUGGACGCGCGCGCUGUAGUGAAGAAGCCCUCUCAAGAUCAGAUCUACAAGGAUCUUCUUUCACGCCCCGCCGACAGGGAGCCAGCCACCAAGAAANNCAGCGCGUUUCUCCAGAAUCUGAUGCAUCAUCAGCUAGCAUUGGCAAGAGGUAAAUCAUAUCGAUCCACAAAUCUCUCGAUUUCAAUGUUUACUGAUUCUACUCGCAGCCACCAAGACUUCUUCAAUGACUACACCAAGAACCUCGUUAUUGGAGAAAUCAGAAAGCAAGCCGAUGCUCUGGACUUCUCUGGUGAUAGUGAUCUUCCUGAUCAAGCUCGUGUCUAUGGCCAGUAUCUGUUCACUGCUCCUGGUCAAAGCAAGGUCACCAAAGAUCUGUGGAUGGAAAAGGCAAUGAAGAGAGUCGAAGUCAUGUCAAUGGCAGAUAUCAAGAACGAUGGCAUCAGCUCUGCAGUCAAGAAAGCCCUGCUGGAAACAAUCAGUGAGGAGACGGGCAACCAGGCUGCAAUCUUUGCUCGCAGUGCUAAGGCUAUCAUGAGCAUGAUCAGAGAGGAGGACUGA